CUUAAUCCUUUCGCUUUUUUAUCAGAAACUGGAAAAGUAGAAAACACCCAAAUGGCAAAAACAGAACCCUAGGCUCCCUUAUUUCUCUUCUGCUUUUCUUCUUUUUCUUCUUCUUCUUCUUCACUGGACUCAAUCAAAGAUCACCGCUGUCGCACGUUGCAUCUCCUCUCUGACUUCUGCGUGCUCUGCUCCGUCGGUUGAGUUUGACCUGCGGUGACUCUGCUCCGCCGCGGCGCUCUCUCUGCUUUUGCUUCUUCUCCGCGGCGGUUUCCUCUUUUUUCUGCUCCGCUGCCUCCUCUACUGCGCCUCUCUUCUCCUCCGUUGCUCAUUGUUGAUGAAAUUGCUGAUUAAAUUCUUGAUCAAAUUAGAUGUUAGUUCGUUAUGUGGUUGCUUUCCUUCUGGGGCUUCUGUGGUCUGUCUUGGUAGUAGAUGCAAGUCUUGGUGAUGCUGAUCCACAUUAUAGGAGUUGUGUAACCCAAUGUCAAGAAAAUGGAUGUGUUGGUAAAAAAUGCUUUCCAAAUUGUAAAUUUUCUUCGGAUGGAGUUCUUAUUGAUCGUCCUUGGUACAUGCAAGAUUCACUUUACAUACAAUGGAAAAAAUGGGACUGUCAAAGUGACUGUCGGUACUACUGCAUGCUUGAGAGAGAGAAAGAAAAAGAAUUACAUAGCCUCGGCCCCGUCAAAUAUCAUGGCAAAUGGCCUUUCAAGCGUAUUUAUGGGAUGCAGGAGCCUGCAUCUGUGGCUUUCUCUGCUCUCAAUCUUGCAAUGCAUUUUCAUGGUUGGAUCUCCUUCUUCAUUCUUCUUUACUAUAAAUUGCCUCUAAAAUAUGGAAAAAAGCCAUAUUAUGAAUAUUCUGGUUUGUGGCAUAUCUAUGCACUCUUAUCACUAAACUCUUGGUUCUGGAGUGCUGUUUUCCACAGUCGAGAUGUUGAUCUGACAGAGAAACUGGACUACUCAUCUGCAGUGGUUCUCCUUGGAUAUUCUCUCAUUUUAGCCAUAUUACGUGGCUUCAAUGUUAAGGAUGAAGCUACCAGAGUUAUGGUUUCUGCUCCAUUGAUAGCCUUUGUAGUCACUCAUGUAAUGUACAUCAACUUCUAUACAUUAGAUUAUGGCUGGAAUAUGAUGGUUUGCGUAAUGAUGGGUGUAACACAGCUUGUCAUUUGGGCAGUUUGGGCAGGUGUUAGUUGCCAUCCUUCACGGUGGAAGGUCUGGCUGGUUGUUUUCUCGGGUGGUCUUGCGAUGCUCCUAGAAAUAUACGAUUUCCCUCCGUAUCAAGGACUUCUGGAUGCUCAUGCUCUUUGGCAUGCAACAACAAUUCCUCUGACCUACAUUUGGUGGAGCUUCGUAAGGGACGAUGCUGAAUUUCGAACCUCUAACCUUGUUAAGAAGGCCAAGUAGAUUCUAUGUGACAUGCCACGUCAAGUACUUGAAUUUGCACAUCUCUAUUGUCAUUGAAGAUUUUGUAUGCUGAGCUUUGUACUCAGUUUUGAAAGGUUCAUGAUUUGACUGAAGCGCAUACAUGUUUUAUUAUGAAUUUUUUUUUUGGACAGAAUUAUGAAAAUUAAUUUACCAUUGAUCUCC